CCUUUAACCGCCACUGGAGGAGGAGGAGGGGGGACUUCCGGCGCACGGGGACAAAAACAGAGCAGCAUCCUGACGGUGAACGAAAGCACAGGAGACAGAUACCGCUCACUCACGCGCUGCUGCAGGAAGAAGAACCGAACCGACGGAACCAUCGUCUUCACCAUGGUGAAGAUCAGCUUCCAGGCUGUGGCAGCACAGAAGGAGGAGAAGGAGAACGAUGGCGACAAGACGGAGAUCCUGAUUCCUCAUCCGAUGGAUGAGGAGGGGCUGGUCCUGCCGCUGCGUCCUAAGAAGUCUCCCCUCAAUGGCCUCUGCUGCCUGACCUUCACACUGGUCGUCUUCAUGGCGAGUCUGGUCCUGGCCUCCAUCUAUGUCUACCGUUUCUACUUCAUUCCUCAUAUGCCGGAAGAGAACCUGUUCCGCUGCCAGGUGCGUUACGAAGACCCGGUGUACGCCCCUCUGCGCGGGCGCCAGGAGCUGCAGGAAAAUGUGGGCAUCUACCUGAACGACAACUACGAGAAGAUCACCGUCCCUCACUUUGGAGGCAGCGACCCUGCAGACAUCAUUCAUGACUUUCAGAGGGGACUGACUGCUUAUCAUGACAUCGCUUUGGACAAAUGCUACGUCAUUGAGCUCAACACCACCAUUGUGAUGCCUCCACGCAGCCUUUGGGAGCUCCUGGUCAAUGUGAAGAAGGGAACCUACCUGCCUCAGACUUACAUCAUCCAUGAAGAGAUGGUGGUGACGGGCAAAGUGCACAACAUGCGUCAGCUGGGACCUUUCAUCUACCGGCUGUGCAACGGGAAGGAAACGUACCGCCUGAGCCGCCGCAUCGCCCGCAAACGCAUCAACAAGCGGGAGGCGAAGGACUGCCACCAGAUCCGCCACUUUGAGAACACUUUUGUGGUGGAGACGCUCAUCUGCGAUCAAGAGCGGAGCACCUAAGACAUAUUUCCACUCACCACCCCAGCCACUGUAGCACCCCCCAUCCCUGUGGAUCUGACCGUGUCUGAGUUGCACUUUACUUGUAAUUUUUUUGAUGUCUUAAUGUAAUAGUUUGUUUUUUCUCUACCAGUUCCUGCCUGUGUUUUUGUUUGUUCCAUAGAUUUACCUGAAGCGUGAUGCAAUACUGACAUUUUGGUUCUAUCACAGGAUUCUCAUGUAGCAAAUCCUUAAACCAGUAAUAAAGGAUCAUUUCAGGACUUCUCAUCUUCCUCUUUGGGGAUUUGUAUGAAGGUAACAGUUUCCAUGCAUCGUCAAGGAGACCAUGUUUUUUUUUUUUUUUUUCAAACGCCCCUGGAGGUUGAACUAACAGUCAUUUGUGACGCAUGAUAAUUUGCUUUUGUAAGUAAAUAUUAAUUAAGGAUUUCCUGCUGCUUGCUUGCAUCUUCCCAUGCCUGCUUUCUUGCUCAUAAGGAAGGCUUCUCUGGGCCUUUAGACUGCACUCAUCCCUAUAAGUAACACUUUUGAGGUUAUACUUUGUUGAACCUUUUUUGAUCUUUAUUCCUCACUUCUAUGAAACAUUUUUGCCUUUGCAUGUAUUUGUGGGGCAGAGCAAAGUGGCACUCGGAGAAUGUUUUGUAAAAACGACGUCUAAAGCCUUAGUCCUAAGACUGGACUAAAGUCCAUGCAAACAAAACUCAUGUUAGCUGAACUGAACCAUUUUUGAUCUAUAUAUUUUGUCUGUGAAUAAACAUGACUGAAACAAG